CCCUCUUUGAGUUACUAUCUCUCGGCUGCAGCACAGCAAGGAAACACAAAGAGGUUGAAAAAGACUGAGCCUCAUUUAACUUCACAUAAACGAGAGCUUGUCUUCUAUCACUUCCAUUAUAAGAAUGGCAGGAAUAGAUCUUACAGCCAGUAUGAUCAGGACGAAUGAUUACAGCAGGCAAAACGUGUCAAAAUGGGCACCUGACUUUUGUUUUAAGAAGUACUUGAAACAUUGUGUGUAUCUUUCAGUGGAACUAUAUUCCCUUUGCAGUGUUUGCCCUCCGAGACCAUCUGAGUCAGAUUUAGUUUGUGGCUUUAAUUUGCCAAACUGUGGGUUGAACACAAUGUUGGCAAAUGAUCUCGAGGGGCAUCAAAGGCUAUAAAUUGUAAUUACACAGGCUAUUAAGCUUUACUACUUUUAAUCUGCAACUUCAGGUGAGCAUUGUUUUCACUGAAAGAAAGAGAUGACACAAUUAAAUUCAGGCUGUAUUAUGUUUCUAUCACGCUUGAUGAGGGUAUUUUCUUGUGUGCAGUGUAUUCAUAACCGAUUUGAUUCUCUGUCUGCUUUUCAAAUCAUGCCGGGUGCAGGCCUUGGUGUCAUGGAUCUGUGUGUGACCAUCAAAGGGGUCUCCUUCCUCUUGCAAACAGGUAUGGGCAUCUUGGGGAACACCGUGGUGCUGCUGGCGUACGCCCACAUGAUUUGCACCGAACCCAAGCUCCUUCCUGUGGACAUGAUCCUGUGUCAUCUGGCCUUUGCCAACCUGAUGCUCCUGCUGACCCGCUGCGUCCCCCAGACUAUGACUGUGUUUGGGCUGAGGGACCUGCUGAAUGAUCCUGGGUGUAAGGUAGUGAUCUACGCCUACCGGAUCGGCCGGGCUUUAUCAGUCUGCCUAACCUGCAUGCUCAGUGUGUUUCAGGCAGUGACCAUCGCCCCCGCGGGCCCCCGUUUGUCCAGGUUGAAGCCUGCACUUCCCUCCCUGGUCCUCCCCACCUUUGCAGGACUAUGGCUUCUCAAUAUGGCCAUAUGCAUCGCAGCCCCUUUCUUCUCUAUGGCUCCACGAAAUGGCACCAUCCCUGCCUUUACACUCAAUCUGGGCUUCUGUCAUGUGGACUUCAGAGACAACCUGUCCUACGUGAUCAAUGGGGUGGCUGUCUCUGGGAGGGAUUUUGCCUUCGUCGCUCUGAUGUUGGGCUCGAGUGGUUACAUUCUGCUGCUCCUCCACCGCCACAGUCGCCGGGUGAGAGGGAUCCGUCGCUCUCAGGGCGGCGGGGCAGAAACCAGGGCCGCCAAAACAGUUGUCACCUUGGUGGUUCUGUACGUGGUCUUCUUCGGGAUUGAUAACGUGAUCUGGAUCUACAUGCUGACGGUUGCGAAGGUGUCGCCAGUGGUGGCUGAUAUGAGGGUGUUCUUCUCCUCCUGCUACGCCUCUCUCAGCCCCUACUUUAUCAUUUCCUCCAACAAGAAGGUCAAGGCGAAGAUCGUGUGUGCAGCUGAGCAAGACCAACCGCCAGCAGACAAUCAGGAGUCAAGUGACAAAUGACUCCAUCUCUAUCUUGACAGGCUGUCGACUAUCCUGCAAGACAGCAGGAGUUGUACUCUCAGACCUUAUCAUUUUGAACAAUGGUGCACAGAUAACUGUCAUUUAGCUAAACAAUGGACCUUUUAGAAAGUAGUUCUAGACAGUAGAGUCUUACAAUAGUGUUCUUGGGUUUCCUCUUUCAUGUAUAUUUCCGUCAAAAUCAUAAAUGAAUACCUGUAUCUGCCAUUUAGCUUGUGGUCAUUAUGUAUGGCAGGAAAUGAAACACAUAAGCUGCAUCAUUGCUGAAACAAUUAGUCAAUCAGUAAAUUCAUCUGCAUCAA